UACGGCCGCCGCCGACGUUUUCAGUCCUCGCCUCCGUCUGGUUGGUCGCUAACAAUUGCCCUUCUAAUACAAUCGGGUAGUUUCGUUGCGUUGCGAGUCGUGAGAGGAUCUCCGUGGAUUUUUCCCGCAGUGAUUUAACAGAAUUCGCUUGGGUCCACAAUGGAGCUGCCUCCGGAUGCUCCCACUGUCAGAUUGUGUCAGCUCACCAAGUGGUCAGACUUCAAUGGAUACGGGUUCAACCUGCACACCGACAAAACUAAAAACAUCCAAACUCUCGGAGACAUCGAUAAAGGAUCCCCCGCUGAAGCUGCAGGUCUCAUGAAGGGCGACCGCAUCGUUGAGGUCAAUGGACAGAAUGUAUUCAACGAGAACCACAGACAGGUGGUCGAGCGGAUCAAAGCCGUACCGAAUGAGACACGAUUGCUUGUGGUCGAUCCCGUGAGCGACCAAUGGUAUCGUGAACGGAACAUCGUCAUCAAAGGAACGUUACCCUCAGUCAAGAUGCUAAGCAGCUCAAGAGAUGUCUCCAACCAAGACAACACGGCAUCGCAGAACAAUAAUAACAGCAGCAAGCGAAAUAAUAAUAAGAUGGCCAACGGGGAUUCUAUGGCCGAACCAACCGCGCGUCUUUGUCAUCUGCGCAAAUGGCGGGAUUUCGAUGGAUAUGGCUUCAACCUUCACGCGGAUAAAGCCAAAGGAACCCAGUUCAUCGGGAUCAUUGAUCCUCACAGUCCCGCCGAGACUGCUGGAAUAAGGCAGAACGACAAAAUUAUCGAGGUGAACGGUGAGAACGUAGAGAAACUUCCGCAUCGGGAGAUCGUUGAGCGUAUCAAGACUGUUCCGAACGAGACCACGUUGCUUGUCGUCGACGAAGCCGCGAACAAAUAUUUCCGCGACAAGGGUAUCCAGAUAAGUUCCUCUAUGAAGAACCUGCAACGACUGGAAACUCCAUCGGUAAACCCAAGGAACAACAACUCCAGUGAUAAAAUGCCCACCCUGCCCUCGACACCACCUCCAGCGCAGGAAAACAAAGCCGAUUCGGCGAGCUCGAAGAACAACCCUCCCAUGAUGAGCGAUACCGGCGCGCUGUCCGAUAACCCUAGCCUCGUUCCUCGCAAGUGCCAUUUGCGGAAAUGGGCGGAUUACGAAGGCUACGGAUUCAAUCUGCAUGCCGACAAAGCGAACAACUUGCACUUCAUCGGAGAGGUUGAUGAGGGAUCUCCCGCCAAGCUCGGAGGCCUCAGACCAGGCGAUCGGCUAGUCGAAGUCAAUGGAGUCAACAUCGAUGACAUCACUCACAAAGAUAUCAUCGAAAGAAUAAAAUCCAACCCUCAAGAAACCGAGCUGCUCGUGGUUUGCAAAGAGACGGACCAGCUCUAUCGCGACAAGGGCAUCGUUGCCAAGGGUACAAUGAAGGAAGUACGAGUUAUCAGUACCCCAGCCAGAGAAGUCGAUCACAUGGACAACACUUCUUCGAAGUCGUCUUCGCCGAAGAUGCUGCCUUCGACUCCUUCAUCCAAUCGUUCCGAGGAAAUCCCGCCACCGACGCCGUCCACAACUGUGGACGAAUACGACGUCAAUGGGAUCAACUCACCGUCUCCCGCAAUGAACGUUGAGCCACCAGCCUACUCUGAAGCUCGCAACGGACGUGGAUCGGCAGAUUCACCCAUGAUGGACGAGAAAGAGCUCAGUGCGGAAGUUUCCAACAUGACGGUCCACGGCAGAGAAAACGGCAAAAUGAACAACUCGACGAACAGCGACGAAAGCGGUGGUGCAGCUUCCCCGAUAUUCUCGAUGAAAGCAUCCGACGUGCGAGAGAUGCUGCGACAAAGGAAGAAGAAGGACCCGCGAGUGCAGAACAUGGACCUCAUGCAGAAAUUCAAAAUCAUGGAGCAACUUUAAGGGUUUCGGGUCGAUUCAGGACCUAGUUAAGUUGUUUACGGCCCCGGAAACUCUUCCGUCGGACGUCACUGAAAUCGUAGAGUAUCACAAACGAGCUGGCAAUAAGCGACGCGAUGCCUAGGCAUUAUUACUAUUCCUUGAAAGAGUCGACAUCCAGAGCUCCUUACGAAGUCAUGAGUUACCCAUCGAAGGGAUCGUCCGCCAGAUGCUGAUGAGCAGACGCCAGGAAGCAUCCUUUCAAGAAAACGACGCAGAGCACGAAAGACAUUCAUUUAUCAUGCAAGAGAAACAAAGAAUUGAUAGUUUGCCGCUAUCGAUCGAUUAUAGUCCUGUGUUUACUAUCCAUGGACUGCUCACGUUGAAAUUUAGACAUUGCCGAUCGAUCAGCGACCCUGCUAGAGACUCGUCAGCAUCGAGACCAGUGUCAUAUGAUGCAGCUGGGAUGUCUUGUCAUCGUCUUUUCAUUUUAACUUCACUGGAGCCCCGAAUUUUAAUAAGAUGUCAUCUGGGGCUUGCUCCAAGAGCAAUUCUUGAACAAGACCUUGCGCUGAAAAGUGCUCAAAAUACCUCUCAGGAGUGACUUUCUUAAACUACCAUAAUAUGACGGAGAAGUCCGCUUAGAUCUAGGACGCAAACAUUCGUAUGCGGAGGUCACGAUCCCAGAAGUGGCUCUCAAAUCUUUAAGUAGAUACAAUCAAUAAAUGAAUUCAUCAUUCUACCGGG